AUGAUGCAAGAAUAUGACGAUGACUACUUUUUCGAAGAGGACAAAAUCAAACCAAAACUGGAUAUACCAAAUAACUCCCAUCUGUUGCUUCCUGUGAAUGAAAGCCAACUUCAACCGGACAUACCAACCACCUCCAAUUUAUUACUACCUGUUGAUGAAAGUGCCCCAGCGUUGAUUGAAAAUAUACCCGUUGCUGAUAACUCGAUCCGUCUUGAAAUAACAGAAGAUACGGAGAAUGCUGAUUGUAUUUACAACGAUUUAAGAAGUAGCCGUUAUUUAAUACAGCAUCAAAAUCUUAUGGGUAUGACAGUGACAUCGGGCAGUGUUGUUUUAACAAAAGAUGAGAAAAAUCUUAUUGGUAUCAGUAUAGGUGGCGGAGCGCCUUUAUGUCCAUGUCUUUAUAUCGUACAGAUAUUUGAUAACACACCUACAGCUAAAGAUGGAACUUUGCAGAGUGGUGAUGAAAUCGUUGGUGUUAAUGGUCAAAGUGUUAAAGGGAAAACUAAGGUUGAAGUAGCUAAAAUGAUACAAGCAGCUAAGGACACAGUUACUAUAAAUUACAACAAACUACACGCGGACCCUAAACAGGGCAAGACCUUAGAUAUUAUAAUGAAGAAAAUGAAACAUCGCUUAGUGGAGAACAUGUCGUCUGGUACAGCAGAUGCUUUAGGGCUGUCGAGGGCUAUUCUAUGCAAUGAUACGUUAGUUGCAAGACUAAAUGAGAUGAGAGAAACAGAGAAUACGUAUAAGAAAUUGGUGGAAUUGGCUAAAAGAAUGUUAAAAUCAUAUUUCGACUUACUUCAAACAUUUAAGUCUCUUGGUGAUGUUUUCGCUACUAUUGGUGUGAGAGAGCCUCAAGCGAGGGCCUCCGAAGCAUUCACAAAGUUUGGCCAAUAUCACAGAUUAUUAGAACGAGAUGGGAUCAAAAUGUUGAAAACUUUAAAACCGAUAUUAGCAGAUAUGGGAACUUAUCUACACAAAGCGAUACCGGACACAAAACUAACAAUUCGGAAGUACGCAGACACAAAAUUUGAGUACCUCUCGUACUGUUUGAAGGUUAAAGAAAUGGAUGAUGAUGAAUAUGGCUAUAAUGCCUUGCAGGAAACACUUUAUAGAGUUGAGACUGGAAACUAUGAGUAUAGAUUAAUACUCCGUUGUCGUCAAGAUGCUAGAACGCGUUUUGCACGUCUCCGUUCAGAUGUACUCGUCAAAUUAGAGUUAUUAGAGAACAAGAAAACUCAAGACGUCGCCUAUCAGCUUAAACGGUUCAUACAGGGAUUGGCUGUCUAUCACAAUGAAACAGUUGAACAUUUAAAAGAAAACGCCAGUCUCUUCCCAGUAGAAGUGGAUUUAUCGCAAAAUGCAUUCCAAUACAAGUCUACAUCGCAAUAUAUUCAGGAUAGUCAAGAAGAUGACGAAGAAAUCGAAUUUGCAAGGGAAUUAAAAGAGUAUCAUGAUUUGUCCGACGAAGAAACUAAAAAAGCGUCAAACAGGCGCCAAAAUAGUGACACUGACGCUGAUUUGUCGGAACAGCUAAUACCUAACUUGACAGAGGCAAAAAUUGAUAAUGACAGAAUUGACAGUGACAGUUUGACACUGUUGACGGAACUGGGCCUGGCUGACACAAAGGAUGAUUUUGGCGAAUUUCAGAAUGGGUCUAUGGACUUUACGAAAAGUACAGAUGACGUUUUUGAUAAAUUAUUGAGUGACUUGAACAUACAUUAA